AUGGUGGCCGUGGUCGCCCGGCACCGGCAGGGGAAGCAGUUGCAGCAGUGCGUGGGUAAUGGUCGCCUAUUGGCCGUCGGGGGCGUGCCGGCGUCGGAGGCGGGGACCUGUGGAGGAAGGGGAAGGAAGAAGCGGGGGAGAUCUGAGGAAUGUCCCCCGGAGAAGGAGGGUUCCGUGGACUCGAACAAGAGGGUGGUCGCGGUAGCUCGCCAGGGGAGAGAGUUGCAGCGGUACGCCAGCGAUGGCAAUCGUCUCGUUGUCGGGUAUGUUCCUCCCUCCUUCCCUCCCUCCUUCCCGCUUGCGUCACCUUGGAAAUAUUCUUGAUCUGUGACCCUUUUUGAAUACGAAUUUGAUGGAAUAUAGUAUCUGGUUUGUUGCUCUCCGCCAGAUGCAUUCCUUACAGAUUCAAGGCUGAUAAGUCUCUGCAAGUCCUCGUUAUCAGCUCUCAGAAGGGCCAGGCGAUCCUGUUCCCAAAGGUAGACGAAUUGCUCCCAAUUUCUUGCAGAAAUCCCUGAGAUGCUUUUCUCUACAAAUAGUGUUCGCUCAAUGUCUUCAAUGGGGAAUCUGCAGGGAGGCUGGGAGAGCGACGAAUCCGAGAUAGACGCAGUCCUCCGGGAGGCGAUGGAGGAAGCCGGUGUCCAAGGAAACGUCGAGGUUAGUUCUUUCGAUCCAUCAUAUAACCCAGGGUCUGAGUUCGAUCCGAUCCUUGCCAUCGUCUAAAAUCCGGAUCUUAAUUCGCAGGAACGCCUGGGCACAUGGAAUUACAAGAGCAAGACGCAGGACCUGUACAAGAGAGGAGACAUGUUCCCCUUGAACGUGACGGAGGAGCUGCUCCAAUGGCCGGAGAUGGAGAGCCGGCAGCGGAAAUGGGUAAGCGGAAGGCCGAAGCCAUUCCAAUCUCUUCUACUCCUGGUGGCGUGUUUUCUGAUCUCCACGAACGUUUCUCUGCGGCAGGUGACCGUGGAUGAGGCGAGGGAGAAGUGCAGGGAGACAUGGAUGAGGGAGGCGCUGGAGGAGCUGGUGAAGAGGCUCGAGAAGCCGCACGACGGAGCGCCGGCCUACACCGCCGGAGCUCCGCUGUGA